GAUUCAGUAGGCGGCGGCGUCGGGCUAAGGUGAACACGCGCUGUUUAAAUGUUGUGUUCAGUAGGAUCGGUCGAUACGUGCUACUAGAGCCUUGCAAUAACAAGUGACGAUUGUUUGCUGGCUGCUAAAGUUGCUCUGUGUGCCCUGUUCUAUAACUGCAAGAGCCAAGAUCUGUGAGCGCGCAACUUACCUGCACCUGAUCGCUCUGGUCUUCCACAAUCCCUGAAGCGCGACUGCAUGUUGGCUCGGUGCACUCAUUCUCGUACGCAUCCUCUUGAAAAGACAUCAACGAGAAAUCGGAACAACCUCUGCGCACGAUGCCGCAAAUCGACGUCGACAUCAAGCUGGACUUUUGUGACGUUCUACUUCGGCCGCAGAGGAGCAAGCUGAAGACACGCGCCGAGGUCCAGCUGGAUCGCACGAUGAAGUUCCGUGAGUCGAAAAAACAGCUGAGCGGCGUACCUGUCAUCGCUGCCAAUAUGGAUACGGUUGGCACGUUCGAAAUGGCCGUCGUCCUAGCCAAGCAUAAUAUGUACACCACUGUACAUAAGCACUACUCGCUCGAGCAAUGGAAGAAGUUCGCUAAUGAACACCCCGAGGUUCUUAACCACGUGGCCGUUUCGAGCGGUUCGGGAGACGCCGAUUUUGAGAAACUGCAAAAGAUUGUCGAGGCAGUGCCGCAAAUUCAAACGAUUUGUCUCGACGUCGCUAACGGCUACGCCGACGCCUUCACGGAAUUCGUGAAACGCGUUCGCAAACAAUUCCCCAAGCAUAUCAUAUUAGCUGGAAACGUUGUUACGGGCGAGCGAGUAGAAGAUCUGCUUCGCGCUGGUGCCGACGUAAUUAAAGUCGGCAUUGGGCCAGGCUCAGUAUGCACCACUCGCAAAAUGGCUGGCGUAGGCUAUCCGCAAUUAAGCGCGGUGAUGGAAUGCGCCGAGGUAGCUCAUGAGCUGGGUGGGCAUAUCAUUUCCGACGGGGGUUGUACUUGCCCAGGCGAUAUAUCCAAGGCAUUCGGCGCUGGCGCUGAUUUCGUCAUGCUGGGCGGAAUGUUGGCCGGUCAUGACCAGAGUGGCGGAGAGAUCAUUGAGGAGGGGGGCAAGAAGUACAAGCUUUUCUACGGCAUGUCAUCGUCAACCGCCAUGGACAAGUAUCAUGGUGGCGUAGCCGACUAUCGCGCGUCAGAGGGCAAGACUGUCAAGAUGCCCUACAAGGGUGACAUCGAAGUGACAAUUAAAGAAAUUCUUGGAGGUAUCCGUAGUGCCUGUACGUAUGCCGGAGCAGCAAAGCUCGAAGAACUACCCAGUCGGACGACAUUUAUACGGGUCAAUCGUCAACUAAACGAGAUUUUUUCCAAACAAGAGAUUGAUCCCGAGCCAUGCCCUAAAACUAACACAGCGAAACCAAAUUAGCCACAAAUGAGCAAGCUGAAAGAACUUAGUUCAAAGAAUGAGACGUAACGAUUUACAACUGAGAAUCUAAAAGAAAAGACAGGCGAAAACCGUACAUUUGAGAUCGUUGCUGCGGUUGUAGGAUGCUGACCAUUAUCCAACAACAUAUCUAUAUGGCUAACGUUUAUAACAAAACGACGCUAAUAAUAAAUAAUUCGUAAGGAUUGUAUAAAAUUCAUUAAGCA